AUGGUUCCGGCUAUAAUGCUGAUGCUGCAUUCAUGCAUUUCAAAGAUAGUCGUCGUCGAUGACAUUGGCAUUACUGACAAGAAAACACGUGAUCCAGAGAUUGUAAAAAGAGCAAUUGAUGUCUUGCAAUCCACUGCAAAAAACAAUGAAGGCACUGUUAUAGUGGCAAAUAUUAAUGGCACAAGAAAGCCAAUUAGCAGCAUCGAUGAAAGAUUCAACAUCAUGCGCCGCAAUGGUUUCAGUGACGGCUUAAAGGAUACAAACGAAAGCAUAAAUAGCAGUUGGGAGUCUGUAGCGAGAUCUUCGUCACCUGCCGCCAGGGUAUUCCAUGGAGGAGGCUCUGGAGCUGUAAGUGGCAAUCGUGCAAAUGAAUAUGGUAUCCAAAAGCAUAAAAACACUUCGUUGAAUAGCACAAACCUGUUAGAAGGCGAUCAGUCCUUAGGCAUGGAUUUUACCGGGCUGAGUUUACGUCCAAAAGCGUAUGAGUAUGCAAAUGCAUUUUCUGUGGAUGCCAAGAAGCCUGGCGGAGAGUCGUAUCUUCCACUCUCAUUUCGCAGUAGUAAGAUGAAUGUACUGGAUGAGUAUCUUGAUGAUGGAUUAGAUGAAGGGCCUGAAACAUCUAUAAUCAGAAGAAUGCUUGAUGAAGAGCCUAGGUCAAGAAAGUCGGUGAUCAGCCUGAAGAUGGCGCAAAGCAAGCAAAAAGAAAACAUGCUGCAAAGCAGUAUAGACAAAAUUUCGCAGGAAAUAGACCAAGUGUCGGAAAAAAUCCAAGAUGUUCAGAAGUCAAAAGACAUUAUGAUAGCAAAGCUUCACACCAAGCGCAAUCACCUGAGGAACUUGCAAAUCAACAAGAAGGAGGUUGAUAUACAGCGCGGAAGAACCCUUGCACUGAUCAGGAUCUCAAGAAACGAGCUGCUUAAGCUUUCAAAGAUGAUUGAUGAUCAAAAAUCAAAGCUGGCUCUUCUUGAGGAUGAAGAAAAAAUAUUUACUGACAGAAUAAGGAAGUACGACGAGGAGCACGAUAUGGGGAUCCGAGAGCUUCAGUUGGAAGAGUCGAGAUCAGAAGAAAUUAAGAGAAGUAUCGAAGAACUCGAGAAAAUAUACAACAUGUUGAAAGUAAAAAACAAUGAACUACUCAAUCAAAGAAAUAGAGAAAGCAGUAUAAGAAACAAACUUGAGCUGGAAGUAGAAAGGCUAGAUAGAAACUCCAUAGACUUUAUUUAA